AAAUGCAUCUCCGCAACCUCCAGAUAGAGACUGCCUAAAAACCACCUGUCAAAAGUUGCUUAAUUCAGAGAAUAAAACCUCUCAAAGCCUCUUUUGUAAUGAGCAGACACAGCAGCGAACAAGUCUCUGAGGGUGGGAUCAUUAGACAGCCGUACCUGUGGCCAGAAUUUUGAUUCACAUAUUAGUUACCCCUUUUACAACAAAGUGUGUGUGUUUUUUUUUCCCCUAAAUUUAAGGGGUCAUUUAUGUCCGCUGAUUCACUGAGCAAAGCUCAAUUUUGAAUGCAAUGGCCAUUUUCCCCCCCAUAAAGCAGUUUUUUAUCCCAGCUUUGUUGCAGUCACAAGGGGGUGAUGUAUCUGGCGUGAUUGCAGCCAAUUAGUCAAUGGACCCAAUUAGACACAGGUGCACUGCUCCUAUUGACUUAUGGUGUUGAGGAGUAUCCUGGGGCUAAAAAUCAAAACUGCCCACGCACACCCAGGCCUUCUCGAGGAUAUACUAACCCUGGUGCUCGGAAAAAAAGGGGCUUCGGUAACCCCGCAACUGUACAAAGAAAAGAUUCACCGGCACACAGGACCCCCUGCACCUAUAUAAAACAACAGUAAGUGAAGAGUUUCUGCAGAGACAGAACAAGGAAGAUACGGAGACUGGAUUAAAGCAAUAGAAGUGAGUGGAACUGUUGUGUUUGAGAAGAAUGAACAAGAAGAGGGUGAUGUUCCCUGUCCUGCAGCUUCUGGUUUUAGCCCUGUGUCUCAGCACCGCUGCAGGAUCCAAUAUAAGUCUGAGAACGUUCAUUGGAUGUGCUGUGAGGGAAUUCACAUUCUUAGCAAAGAAACCUGGCUGCAGAGGUCUGCGUGUGACUACUGAUGCCUGCUGGGGGCGCUGUGAGACCUGGGAGAAGCCAUCCCUAGAUCCUCCGUACAUAGAAGCCCACCACAGAGUCUGCACUUACAAUGAAACUAAACUGGUUACUGUAAAACUGCCAAACUGCAGCCCAGACAUUGACCCAUUCUUUACCUACCCAGUUGCCAUUAGAUGUGACUGUGACAUUUGUUCCACUUCUACUACAGAAUGUGAGACAUUUUAAGGUGUGUCUUCUAACAACAGCUUUCUCUAGUGGCUUUGGAUGGAGCAGUGCUGGAACCCCAUAUACAACUGAUAGCGGAAAUAAUUGUAUUCUCUAUUUGCACAAAGUUAUAUUAUAAAAAUAUCUAAUGUUUAUACUGUAACAACCAAACAUGUCUCAUCGUUGUUAUGUGUUUAGUCUGCUGACUCAAUGUAUUUACAUAUAAUAAUAAAAUCAUCAUGAAUA